CCGCAGCGAGAUGCAAAAAGCCUUAUCUGCUUGCAUUUGACGUGCGAUGCCGGCUCCUCAGUAGAAUGCAAACCCUUGCACAGGAUGAAAACAGGUCAUUCUUCCAGAAUGCCAGAGGAAAGUUCGCCAAAGCGGAGUCCUCAAAACAUCCCAUAUAAGGACCUGCCCCAUAUCAUCAAUGCUGAUGGGCAGUAUCUCUUCUGCAGGUAUUGGAAGCCAGCAGCAACUCCCAGGGCCCUCGUGUUUAUCGCUCAUGGCGCUGGGGAACACUGCGGUCGCUAUGAUGACUUGGCCCAGAGGCUGACAGGACUUAACUUGUUUGUUUUUGCCCAUGACCAUGUUGGUCAUGGGCAGAGCGAGGGUGAUCGUAUGGUUGUCUCAGAUUUCCACGUCUUCAUCAGGGACAGCUUGCAGCAUAUUGAUCUCAUGAAGAAAGAGCACCCUGAGCUGCCCAUUCUCAUUCUGGGGCACUCCAUGGGGGGAGCCAUCUCCAUCCUGACAGCUAGUGAGAGACCCAGCGAGUUUUCGGGCAUGCUGUUAAUCUCUCCUUUAGUGGUAGCCAGCCCAGAAGUCGCCACUCCCAUCAAGGUUUUUGCAGCGAAAGUGCUCAACUUUGUUCUCCCAAACCUGUCACUGGGAUCGAUAGAUCCAAAUGCAAUUUCCCGGAACAAGAAGGAGAUGGAAUCUUACACAUCCGAUCCCUUGGUGUACCAUGGUGGCAUGAAGGUCUCCUUUGUCAUCCAGCUGAUGAAUGCCAUUGCCAGAAUUGAGCGAGCUCUGCCCAAGCUGACUUUGCCCAUCCUGGUGCUACACGGCGAUAUCAAAGGAUCCUAUUUACUGAUGGAUACAGUGCAGAGUCAGGACAAAACACUCAAGGUGUAUGAGGAAGCCUAUCAUGCUCUCCACAAAGAGCUGCCUGAGGUGUCUACCUCUGUCUUCACAGAAAUACUAACAUGGAUUGGCCAGAAGGUCUCAGCAGCUGGGGAAACCAGCCAUACUUAA